AUGGACGCCCUUCAGUCCAAGGUCGACACCAUUGGGGGGGAAGUGAGCCAGAUCAGCGAUGUGCUGAGGGAGUAUCUCGACCAGGGCGUUCCACUUCCUUCAGGUCGCAAAGUGCAGCCGCCAAAGACGAAGGCGAGCCGUGACCUGCUGCAACAGCUCCUCGGCCGGCUCGAUCAAGUGUCGACUGAACUCGGCGAUGUGCGGAAGCUGUCCACGCCUCCUCCUAAAUCAUCUUCAUCUUCAUACUUUCCACCAAUCGCCCCUUCCACGGACGCGCAGCUAUUACCACCACCAUCAUCCUCCUCAUCACCAUCACCAAUUGGAACUCUCGUCUCACCCUCGACACACGCCAAUCCUGGGCCACCCGAGACGCCGCGACAUCAUGUCGAUGAUGGCGCCGACGGCCAGUUGACGGCUCCCUUGCCACCAACUGAUCUCAAAACCGGUUUACCAAUACCUGUUUCGGCAUCAUCACAGACACCGUCGACACGAGCAGCCCCAACAGCGCGACCUUUGACAGCGGGACGACUAACCUCGCGGCCGGCCCUUCCCCCAGCAUUACCUACCAAAACGGCCUCCCAUGCCUCGGAGUCUCAGCUUCCCCAGGGGAUCACGCUGAGCGAUGGCUCCGUCUACCGGAGUCCGUUGGCGUGCGAGCAUGCGUCACCCCUCUUCGACUGUGUGUACCGGGAUAUCAAUGUGCUAAACGAAGAGCUGUUUGAGCUGUACUCGAGCCACCCUGUGGUCCGCGACGUCGGGUAUUUCAAGCUUCAAGUUCGGGACCUACCGCCUCUUAAUGUCCAAGAGGUGGCCCGACCAAGUAAGGACCAUGCAACCUCUUUCAGCUACAAGAUCGACAAGCAUGGGAUCGUUAGGGUGGACAGCGGCAAGAGAUUUAAGUUCUCGUCUCCGAACUUGCCCUUCCCUUCGAGCACUAAGCUGGAAUGGUCUCUCGAAGAGCAGAAGGAGCUUUGGAACUCUUCGGCGGCCAACCCGCCAAAAGGAAUGCGGCCUUACAUCAUCGGUAACCCGCUUUUCGAAGAUGUCGAGCUUUCUCCUGGCGAGAAACUUCGGCGUCGAGGCCGCACGACACUCGAAGGAAUCAACACUCAAUAUGUCUACUUUAACCUCACCGGGAAGACCAUUACUACUAUGCACAGAGAGGAUGCGCAUGUGCGGUCGGAGAACUUGCUUCGAUCUGGCCAGCACAAAUUCUGGUGCUUUAUCAAACCGGCUUUUGGAAAGAAGCUAGAAGAGAGGAUGGCGAUUGAGUACCCAGAAAUGCGCCGAUGCUCACAAGCGUUGCGACAUCUCAGCCGUCAUAUCCCGCCGGCCAAGCUGGAUGAGUGGGGGAUCGAAUAUACGCUGGACUAUUGCGUCCCCGGCCAAGCCGUCGUGACGGAGCCUGCAACGUACCACCAGGUACUGAACCUCGGGCCCAAUUACGCCAUCGCUAUCAACCUAGAGUACAACUCGUCUCCGGACAUGCCUCCAGACUACCGGUUCUGCGACAGGAACUGCCCAGACAAAUUUGCCAUGUCUGCAGAUGACUUUCGAAUCUACGAGAAGUCGCCUGAGCAGCAGUUCCCUCGCACCCCGGAGACAACUGGACAGGACGGUCCAACAGCCCCUGCGUCUGAGCAGGUCGCUCGGCUGCAACAAGAGUCUACGAUUUCACGGCCCGCUCAGUCGGUCACCCCGCCACCAGAAAAUGGCAUUGCAAAGAAGCUAGAGCCGUCUAGCACACAAUCAACGUCAGCGAUUACCGAAGGGCAGGGGCGGUUUAGGGCUCUUGGUGACGAGCAGAAAACGGGGGCUUCACAGCCGUCAACGUUCCCCCAACUUCCGUCGUCCAUGCCUUCGCCGGAGCAGAGUGUUUCGCCCGCGCCCAACCCCACUGAGCCGCUGGAUCCAGUACCUAAAUUGUUGGAAAGCAAAACGGGGCAUAUAUCAACGGUUCCAGCACAGCUUCAUACCCCGACUACCUUCGCCAACUCGGCCCAGGUUGUCCCGCCAAUUCCCCCUACCUUUACGCUUGAUGCGAAUCAGCGCGGAUAUAUCAACACACAAGCGUUGCAACCGCUGCGUAAAACGGCUCGGAUGAUCAACCCUGACCGGACGUGCGACACGCAGAGUCCCCGGCCACCGAAGAAGCAAAGGACGCAGCCGCCAUCCACUCCCAUUACCCCACUCCAGCCCGCUGGCGGUGCGUUCCAGCAUCUCUCGACGAUACUAAAGGCACACCAAACACCCACUCGAAGUGGGAGCGCAGAGGCGGAGAAGCUAAGCGGCAAGCCGGCAUUCGAACGCCUCAGUGGUUUGGUCCGCGAAUGGAGACGCUUUUCCAGGUCGGCGUCUACGAUACUGGGCAGGUUCGGUCUCAUUGUGACAAUCGAGGAAGCAGCUCACGGGUACCCGGAGUUGCACACGUUCCUCUUGCGAUUCUUGAAGAUGAAAAUGGCCAUCUGCGUUGAGAGCGCACUAGCGUGGCCUGGGCAGGUUGUCCCGCCCAAUUUCAUGGACGGGAUGCUGAACACUCUGGGGUGGGAUGAAGCCAAACGGCCGCAGCUUCACGACUAUCUGCGAGAAGGCAAAUGCUGGGCUGCGCUUUGCGGGAAAUAUGACGGCCUUCUAUGCCUUGUCGCUCCCGAUGCGGAUUGCUCGGAGCUUGCGCUCUUCAAGGAGGAAUUGGCGCACUUCCACGCGGCGCUCGACACCGAGUUUGUUCGGAACAUGUGCAAUGUCGGUGCUGUGCUCCAGAAGUCCAUUUGGGAGUGCCUAGAGCUUCCGGAGUUUAUCUGGGAGAGCACACCCACCACUUCGCUCGCCGUGGACCAGAUCUCACCAAUGCUGGCCCCAUUCCGCUUGCUCAAGUCCAACUAUUACGAUGGCAGCAACGGAAUGUCCUGGCCGCGGCCGGCAAGCUGGCGCUGGGAAUGGCCAGCAGACCCCACCGUGGUUCACCCCGGCAGCGAGAAGGCGUGCAGCUUCUGCCCUUCCAAGACCUGCCGCUGCGUCGAGAUCAAGGUCCCGCAGAUUCCUCGCAUAUCAGACGACGGGUCGAAAGGGUCUGGGGUCCGCUCUCUGGGGCCACACAGGGCAAAUGAUAUCCUGGGCGAGUUAGUUGGCGAACUGCUACCGCCGGGUUCUUGCAUUGGGGGCUGGUCCAUGGCACUCCAUCGUCCUGACCUGGACGACGAGACCGUGGCGGAUAUCUAUCCCGCCCAGAUGGGUAAUUGGGUCCGCAAGGUCAACCACAGCGCCAACCCGUCCACCAUGUUCCGGGUCAUGAAGAUUUCCGGUCGAUGGCGGCUGAUGUUGGUCGCUGUGAGGGAUAUCGGGGACGGCGAGGAGAUUACAGCCAAGUAUGGCAAUGGCUUCUUGAAAGACCAGCCGUAUUCUUUCGUCGAGGGUCUACAUUAA